AUGCUCAUUGGAUUAGUUGGGCCAGCGUACGCAGGAAAAUCCAUUGUUAAAAAGUAUCUGCAACAUAAAUAUGGAUUUAUUGAACUGUUGGUUCGUUCUACUUGUUCUCUUGCUGAAAUGGUGCAUACGGACAACUCAUCUGCUGACAAUCCCAUAGCAUUGCCCCAUUCACAAUCCUCUUGUGUUGCUGGAUCAACGCAUUUGUCGUCUCGGACAUUUUCAAAUAUUUCUGAAUUAUACAAUUAUGUGACCGAAAACUGGCAGAGUUACUGUAUUAUUGACGAUGUAGACUGUAUCUCUGGUUGGGAUGUGUUGUGUAAACGACCAUUUUUUUUACUUGUAUCUAUCGAAGCGCCUAUGCAUUUGAGAUGGCAGCGAUUGUUGUCUGAAAAUACUACGCCUGUACUGGAUAAUUUACAUACAUCUUCCAUGUGUGCACUUGGAAAAUUAGACCGACCUGCACUCUAUCUGACCAUUUCAAAAUCUGAUGUGCGAAUUAUCAACACGGCUCGUAGUCUAAAUGAUUUGUAUAUGCUUGUUGACUCGACCGACUUGUUGAAUCAUGAACGGUUACGACCAAAUUGGGAUACUUAUUUUAUGGAGCUUUGCGAUUUAGCUGCUCGACGCAGUAAUUGCAUGAAACGACGGGUUGGGUGUAUCCUUGUCAACAACAGACGGGUGAUUGCAACGGGAUACAAUGGUACUCCGCGUGGGAUACGCAACUGCAAUGAUGGUGGAUGUCAGCGAUGCAAUAGCAAUGCAAGCUGUGGAUCUCAACUAGAUACUUGUUUGUGUUUGCAUGCUGAAGAGAAUGCUCUGCUGGAGGCUGGUCGCGAACGAAUCAGUGGAUCAGGACAUACUACUUUAUACUGUAAUACAUGCCCUUGUUUAGGAUGUGCCAAAAAAAUAGUUCAAGUCGGGGUCAAGGAAGUGGUAUUUUUGAACUCAUAUAGCAUGGAUGAAAUGACUGCUGCGUUAUUACGUGAAGGAGGAGUUGUUUUGAGACAGCAUACUUUUUUGAAAACAGUAUUUCUUGCAGAUCCAAAAAAGGCGUCAAAGUAG